UCUGGCCAACUGGAGAAAUCCAGCUGCCAUACAAUAUAAAAGAGACAGAAGAGCCCAAGGACAGAACAAGGUGUUGUUUAUCAGAGUGCACUGUUACCAUGACUGGAUCCGCUCUGGUUUCGUCUCUCCUGGCGCUGGCCUGUGUUCUCCUGCCACUGUGUUCUGCUCAAGGCAGCUGUGUGGGCAGAUGUGGCGAACCGUUCGCCCGCGGACAGGCCUGUAACUGUGACUACAACUGUUUUGUCCACGGCGAAUGCUGCAAGGAUUUCGAUGAUGUCUGCACCGUCAGGGACUCGUGCAGGGGUCGCUGUGGUGAGCCGUUCCAGCGUGGGAGACAGUGUGAGUGCGACUCUGACUGUGUGAAGCACAACACCUGCUGCCCGGACUACAGCCCACAGUGUGAUGCUUUCUCCCAAUUGCAAGCUGCAAGAAGCUCAAAACAGAACAAACCAACAGAUUAUACUGAGGAGUGUAUGGCAGCAUGUCUCGCAGUUGCAGCCCAGCAAAGCCCAGAUCUCAUGAGAGAUGGUAUUGGCUCCAACCCAUCCGGGUUCCCGCUACCUGAAUCCGGUCCUGCUCCUGCAGCUGGGCCACUACAGACAAUGGGACCUUCCUCUGGGGCACUACAGGCAGGGGGACCUUCUUCUGGGCCACUACAGGCAAUGGGACCUUCCUUUGGGAAUCCCCUAACCAUCCCUGUGCAGGUCUCUCUCUCUGUCAGCGGACAAGGUGACGGACCGUCCAGCGGACCUGACUCUGGUUCGGGUCGAUCCAGCGGCACUCCUACAGAGAUCGCCCAGGCCAUGCCAACCAACAGCCCUGCGGGAGCUGAUGCAAACUCAGACCCUGAUCUCUGCAGUGGCCUUGCCAUCGAUGGAAUGGUAACUCUCUUCAACGGUACCGUCUUAGUUUUCAGAGGUCACUUCUUCUGGCAGCUGAACCCCAAGACCAAAAGGGCUGGUCCUGCUCGUAGAAUCACUGAAGAACUGGGCAUCCCGUCUCCCAUCGACACGGCCUUCACACGCUGCAACUGCCAGGGCAAGACCUACAUCAUUAAGGGUGACAACUACUGGAGUUUUGAGAAUGGUGUUAAGGAGCCUGGAUAUCCCAGAUCGGUGUCCCAGGACUUUGGUGGGGUCACUGGGGAGAUCACUGCAGCUCUGCCAAUCCCAGCCACCAGAAAGAGGCCCGAGUCUGUGUACUUCUUCAAGAAAGGAGGCACAAUUCAGAAAGUCUCUUAUCCCCCUGGAAGUGGACCAACUUGCAAUGGAAAGAAAUCCAAAAAUUCAGUCUACGCCAAGAUCCGCCGUGCCAGACAAGCAGAGGUCCAGUUGUCAGGGGAGAUCAACAUCAAACUCAAAAUGAACGGCUUCCCGACCCCUGUGACAUCAGCCAUGUCCAUGCCCAACCCCAGGAAGUCCGAUGGUUUUGAUUACUUUGUUUUCUCAUGGCCUAAAGUCUUCAAUGUCAAGAUUAGCGGUGAGCUGCCUGCUUUGGCAGCCCCUGUCAGCCAUUCCUCUCAGCAGAAUGACAUCAGGAAGUGGCUCAACUGUGCCUGAAAGACCCGCACUAAACAAACACGACCAGCAGCUGCAUGGCAAGAAAUAUUCUCCAUUUAUUAGCAAAACCUUUGAACAUAGCAUCAGGAUGAUUACUCUUAAAAUAUAAAACAACAAAUCGAACCAACAUUGAAAAGAAACAUUAACCAAAGUAAAAAAAAAAAGCAGUAGGCUGAUUCCGGGGCCUUUGAAUGAUGUCGAUCAUGGGCGUGUGAUCAGUGUUUCUGCUGGGCAGACGCUGCGAAGGCAGGUGGAUUUAGAAGGGAGUGCCUCUGUUGAGUCCUCGACCCCGGCCUCCACGAGGAAAAUCAAUACCUAUAGGAUAACAUUGAGAUACCAUAUUGAAUCUCACUCUAAACAAAUUGAAGAUUUUUGUAGAUUAAGUUUCUACAAUAAAAACAAAAAA